GGCUCGGGGGCAAGGUCCUGCGCGUCUCGUCGGAGCUCCGCCGCGGCCCAGAUGGCGCAGAGCGGACGCGCCGCAGCCGCCGCAGCCAGACGCCGGUGCCUGUCUUUUCCACUCCUCUCCAUGGACCGUUGGCCGCUUCUAGUCACCGUCUGUUUGCUUCUGAGGACUGGCGGCUUCCAGGCAGCCGAUACCUUUAAACCAAAUAUCCUACUGAUCAUGGCGGACGACCUGGGCAUCGGGGAUCUCGGUUGCUAUGGGAACCACACGCUGAGGACGCCCAACAUCGACCGGCUUGCGGAGGAAGGUGUGAAGCUCACCCAGCACCUGGCGGCCGCCCCGCUCUGCACCCCAAGCAGAGCUGCCUUCCUGACCGGGAGACACUCGUUCAGAUCAGGUAUGGACGCCAGCAACGGGUACCGGGCCCUUCAGUGGAACGGGGGCUCGGGCGGGCUUCCCGAGAACGAAACCACGUUUGCGACAGUCCUGCAGCAGGAAGGUUAUGCCACGGGCCUCAUAGGAAAAUGGCACCAGGGUGUGAACUGCGCGUCCCGCGAGGACCACUGCCACCACCCGCUCCGCCACGGAUUCGGCUAUUUCUACGGCAUGCCCUUCACGCUGGUCAACGACUGCCAGCCGGGCCGGCCGCCCCAGGUGGACGCAGCGCUGAGAGCCAGGCUCUGGCGUUACACCCAGUGGGUGUCCUGGGCCAUCCUCACAGUGGCCGCCAGCAGGGCCUGCGGGUGGACCUCCGUGUCCUGGAGAGCCGUCGCGGGCGCGGCCAGCCUCCUCCUCCUCUUCUUCGCCUCCUGGUACGCCAGCUUCGGCUUCGUGCGGCGCUGGAACUGUCUGCUCAUGAGGGACCACGACGUCACCGAGCAGCCCAUGGUUUUGGAAAGGACCACCCACCUUCUGCGGAAGGAAGCGGUUUCGUUCGUCGAAAGAAAUAAACACAGGCCAUUCCUCCUCUUUGUCUCCUUGCUGCAUGUACACGUUCCCCUCAUCACCACGAGAGAGUUUCUUGGAAGGAGUCAACAUGGCUUAUACGGCGACAACGUGGAAGAGAUGGACUGGCUCGUCGGUCAGAUUCUCAAUGCCGUUGACAAAAAUGGUUUGAAAAACAAGACGUUGACGUACUUUACCUCUGACCAUGGAGGACAUUUGGAGGCCAGGGACGAAGAGCUUGGUCAGCUGGGGGGAUGGAACGGCAUUUACAGAGGCGGCAAAGGCAUGGCAGGCUGGGAGGGCGGCAUCAGGGUCCCCGGGAUCUUCCGGUGGCCCGGGGUGCUGCCCGCCGGCCGGGUGAUCGCGGAGCCCACCAGCCUCAUGGACGUGUUCCCCACCGUGGUCCAGCUGGCGGGCGGCGAGGUGCCCCGGGACAGGGUGAUCGACGGCCGCAGCCUGCUACCCCUGCUGCAAGGGGCGGUGGAGCACUCGGCGCACGAGUUCCUGUUUCACUACUGCGGGAAGUACCUGCACGCAGCGCGCUGGCACGACAAGGCUCGGAGAAGACUGUGGAAGGUGCAUUACAUGACGCCGCAGUUCCACCCCGCGGGCGCGGGGGCCUGCUACGGCCGCGGCGUGUGCCCCUGCUCGGGCGACGGCGUGACCCAGCACAACCCACCUCUGCUCUUUGACCUCUCCAGCGACCCUGUGGAGGCGCGGCCCCUGUCCCCCGGCUCCGAGCCGCUGUUCCACGCGGUGGUGGCCAGGAUUGGCCGGGCGGCACAGCGGCACCGGGAGACGCUGAGCCCGGUGCCCCUGCAGUUCUCGCUGGGCCACAUCCUCUGGAAGCCGUGGCUGCAGCCGUGCUGCGGGACCUUCCCUUUCUGCUCCUGCCACGAGGACGGGGACCAGGGGACACAGGAGCUCCCGGGGUCCGGGGGGCUGCGCUCAGGAUUGUAGCCCAUGGCCCGGGCAGGCAGGACGAGGAGCAAGGAGAGGCCUCGGGCACUGCGCGUGGGAGCGCACACGGGGCGGCCCCUGCGGAGAACACGAUGGAGGGUCCUCGAAAAAUCAAACACGGAUCUGCCUCUCGACCCAGGGGUGCCCCUUGUGGAAAUAAAUCCUCAGACGCCCCAAACGCCAAUGCGAAAAUAUGCGCACCCUUUUGUUCACAGUGGCGUUAUUUAUAAUCCACACGACA